CAGGCCGAGGCUAACAGUACCUAUUUGAAGCAUCCUUGUCUUGCCCUCACCACAACUGGACCAGUCGCUGUCUUUGUUUGCUGUCAGACUAAUUCAAGCUCAUUUCCUCUGUAGUUUGACCACACCACUCAUCCACUAUGUACUUCAAGCUCUUCAUCAUGAUGAUGUUUCUAGGCUCUUCAAUGGUGAUUGCAUUUGUCUUGCAUCCACCCAAGGAAGACCUUGCAGCCUCUGCUCAUGCUCCUGUUCCCCAUCACAGGUGCCUGGAUGAGUCAUUGCAGUCCAUCAGGAAGGGUCUCCUUGCUGCUCUCAACAUGCAGACCGAGCCACAGCUGCCUGCUGGCUUCCUGGACAGUAUCCAAGAGCAAUGGCAAAGCACCUUUGGCAGUUCUCAAUUCACCCAAGCCUCCAAAACUGCCGCUCGCUACUCUGUGAUGCUUGACGGUGGGAACAAUACAAGCUUGAAGUGCUGCCAUGUGGCAUCCGAAAUCUUCAUGAAAGAUCUGGGCUGGGAUAACUGGGUGAUCCAUCCUUUGAGCCUGACUAUUGUUCAGUGUGCAUUGUGCAAUUCUGAGAAUAACGUUGUGCAAUGUCCAUCAUCAACCUACAGUGACCAGAGUGCCAACUCACAGGACCAAGUGCCAUGCUGUCAGCCCACCUCCCAGGAAACCGUGCCCAUCGCCUACAUGGAUGAAACCAGCUCCAUUGUGCUUUCUAGCAUGCAGCUACCCCGCAGCUGUGGCUGUGGACCUGGCAACACCCAGCAGCCCAACAAAGAGUAGGCUAAGAUUUGUCCACCUGGCAUAUCCAAAGAAUCAUUAUGCACAGGCCUAUCUUCUGAUGCAAACCCUCACACUGUUGAUUGUUUCUCUAUCUUACAUUGAUCCUCACUGUGUGCAGCACCGAUCGUGGGAACCAAAGCAAAGUCUUGGUUUUGCAUUCCUGCUGCACCUUUGUACCAAUAACAGAUUUGUUAAGCCUGCUAGUCAUUAAACAUAAGUACACUCCUUUUGCUGUUUAGAAUGUGUUAGCAGUAAUCAAUAAACAAGCUUAGAUUAAUAAAGAAAUCUUGUUUUAUUUAUAGGUAAAUCAAACUUGUAAGUCACCAACUUGUUGAAAAUAAAGUGCAGCUGACAUAAUAUAUGCAAUAAAUGCUUUUGGCCGCUCUUUAAAUAAGUCUUAUGAGGACAGUUCACUAUUUAUAGCUUCUAACUGUUACUGAGUGUUCCCUUCAAAUAUGUGAGACUGUCUUGUGCCAAAUGCUCUCACAAGCCAGUUGUCUCUUCCCUGAUGUGUGAAACUUCCAUGUCUGUUUAUGGGAAAGAUUUCAGUUUCACCUCAGAAGGCAAACUGAGGUCAUGAUAUAAAUUCUAAGACUUGCUUUUGUGUGCGAAAAACAUCCCAAAUGUUGUCAGUAACAGUUAAAACCCUGUAAAGUUUAAAUGAACAACCUCAGGCAGGCUCUAUGGAAAAGAGAUGUGGAAGAAUUUGGAACUAAAGAUAAAGAAUAUAAACUUCUAUUACUAUUUCAUCCACAAAAAUGACAUUAUAGUUUUAUCCUUAUCUACAAGUCACAGUAAUUCCAGAAAAAAUAGAUAUCAUCAUUUUUACAACAUCAAAGAUAUAAAUUUGUCAUUAAAUAAGAGAAAAUUCUCAGUUGCAACUUUACAAAAUUUAAUGUAACACAAAUGAGCACAACUAUGACAUCCAGGAUGGUCAAAGUUUUACUUGGUGAGCUCUUAUAUUCAUUUACUUUAUCAUUUACCUUCUGAAUUUGACAUUAAUUGUGUUUACAGAGCAGAUGUGGUGUGGCUCUGGAUGUCUGCUAGAUAAACACAGCACAUAAAACUUGGUAUUAAUUUUUCUUAAAUAUGAGACAUGGCUCUGUAUGACCAUCCACUGGCAAUGCUCCCUUGAUUGAAUAUAUCAGCAUAAUGUUGCCUUGCUCAUCCAAGAAACCUCUCCAGAACACAUUUCCCUCUAAAGAAAAUAUUGCUUAUGUAAGGAUUUGGUUUACUCUGUUUGGAAACAAAUAGUUUUUUUCUGGUUUAAGUUUUGCUUUCAUAACUUCUUUGAUUACACAGAUUUUGAUUAUGUUGCAUGUAUCAUUUUAAUUUCAGCUCUUUUUUCUGAUGUGUAUUAAUAAAGGUUUUGAUUUGAUUUGAUUUGAUUUGCUAAAUAUAAUCAUGCUACUGUAGACAGUUGCAACAAUAUAGUUCUUGCUUUUUAAUUUCUCUUAAAACUAUUUUUAAAAAAAACUGUUUUGUUAUGUAAUCUUACUUUGCAAAGUUACCUCAGUUUUUUUAUGUUGUAGUACUUAGUUUAAUCGCUAGCAGAUCAAAUGCCAAUGAUGCUGCUUUACAACUGUAACCAUUUGUACCAGUCUUUCGCUGAUUUCUUGCUGUGAACUAUUAAUAAACAUGAUAUAAAUCA